AUGGAAAUAUCGGAUGCAGAAUCUAAUAGAAGAUUAGGAAAUGCACGAUUUAAAGAGAAGAAUUAUAACGCGGCCAUUGAGUAUUAUUCAAAUAGUAUUGGGUUGUUGCCUACUGCUGAAUCUUAUGCAAACAGGGCAUUGGCUUACAUUAAAAUGAAAAGGUAUCAGGAGGCAGAAAUUGAUUGUACUGAGGCCUUGAAGUUAAACAGGAGCUGUUUGAAUGCAUAUGAAUCUCGUUUAUAUGCAAGAAGGCAACUUGGGAAGUUUGAUAAGUCACUUGAAGAUGCUAAUGUUUGCUUGAGCUUAAAGCCAAAUGAUCAAAAAAUUGAAAAAGAAAUUGCUGAACUCAGGAUUCUUGUUCAAGAGGAAGCAGCAAGAAAGGUUUCGGAUGCGAACUCGCUGAAAAAUUUGGGCGAUGAGCAAUUUGAAUUGCUGAACUAUGGGCAAACGAUAAAGUUCUAUUCUGAAAGCAUUGACUUGAAUCCAACAGCCAUAGUUUAUGCAAAAAGAGCUUUGGCUUAUAUUAAAAUUAAAAGAUUCAGUGAGGCAGAGAAUGAUUGUGCUGAGGCCUUAUCUCUAAACAGUGGUUAUUCUGAAGCAUAUUUCUUUCGCUCACUUGCUAGAAAAGAACUUGGAAAAGUCCAAGACUCAAUUAAGGAUGCCAUAUCUGGCUUGGAAUUGAACCCUGAAAACACGGAGCUCAGACAACAUUGUGAAGAGCUUAAGGCUUUAGUUGAACAGGGAGGGGAACAUGUUUUUUUGGACAUUAAUGGAGGAAUCGCGAAAUAUUGUUCUACUUUGGAAUCAGCUGCCUCCCAGGCAUCAAAAGAGCUCAAAAUGAGCACAAAGGGAUUGGUUAGAGAGAUAGAAAAGCUUGGUUCCAUGCUAGUAAUGAACAUGAUAGUUUGUUUUAUGGUUCUAUGUGGCUGCCCUAUGGGGAAGACUUUCCGGUUAUAUCUGAUGGGUGUGUUUCUUUUGGUUGGCGGAUAUUUGAUCAUUAAUGCAUGGGGUUCUAUGAGAGUGAUAAAUAACGACAUUGAACUUGAGAGAGACAAGAUUUCAGACCUUAAAACCAAUAUUCUUCUUUUAAGAGAGAAAGUCUUUGAAAAAGGUGUGUGGAACAUUUUGACCAAAACUGAUGCCAUGUUAAAAUCGCUGGUUGUCAAGGACAAUGUUCGGUUCCAUAUUGUGUUUGCUGUAGUCAUCCUACUGCUGCUUGGUGUUGUUUUGCCAUUGACGUACUUUCUCUUGAAAGACAAAGAGGAGGGUGGCACUGAGUUGGGAGAUGAGGCUAUCAGAAUGUUGGUGGGAGAGUUCUCCAGAAGAGCAUCUAGCACUUAG